AUGCCUGCCUUACCUGCGAGAGCCACCAAGUUGAAGUUCUACAACCUGGCAACCCGUCCCGAGGCGUUCUUUGUCCGGGAGGGAGACGAGCUCGACUACAACUCGAGCCUCGUCUCCAAGCCUGGGACGCAGCCCGUCCUUAUCAGCGGGACGUGGCCCUUGGUGGCGAAUCGGGUGCGCGUGAAGCGUGAUGCGGAGGGGAGGGCGAUGCGGCAAGCGCCGGAGGCGUGGCUUUGGGAGUGGCACAACCCCAACCAGCAGGGGGAGGACGGCGGGGAGCAGUGGGUAGAGUUGGGUUAUUUCUCAGGCCCAAAAGACCUGGAGAAGAAGUUGUUGGAUUUUUUUGCGCGCGAUUUUGGGCACGACGUCACCGGACCCAGGGGCGCUUUGCAGGACGGUCGCGGCUCGUGGGAGCGCUUUGUCUUCCGCCGCCCAGGGGAGCUGCCAAAGUCGGUGGCUGCAGUCCGCGAGGAGUAUUGGCGGGCGAAGAAGGAGGAGCAGGAGCAGCGAGAACAGCAACAACAACACCAGCAACAGCAACAGCCACAACACCAGCAACAACAAUGA